AUGUCAAUUCCUGAAGCCUUCAUCAAGUUUUCUUCGAGAAGAUCCACUGUGUAUUCCACCAAGGGAAUCGUUUCUUCUACCCAGUCCUUAGCCAACGCUGCUGGUCUCAGGAUUCUUCUGAAGGGUGGUAAUUGUGUGGACGCAGCUAUCGCCGUUCUGGCUGCUCUCUGUAUUACCGAACCUACGUCAACUGGUAUUGGGGGUGACUGUUUUGCUCUCUACUAUAAGUUGGAUGAUAAGAACGAUCCCAAAAGCGGUAAGGUUCUUGGUUUGAAUGGUACCGGUAGAGCUGCUAAGGCUGUGACUCCGCAAGAUGUUUGGAAUGAACAUAACCAUGGUAAACCCAUGAAGAGAAUUCCGUACACCUCUGUAUUUGCUGUGACUGUUCCUGGAGCUAUUGCUGGUUGGAAUGAUGCCUAUGACAAAUGGGGCUCGGGAAACGUUACCUUUGCUGAGAUUCUCGAGCCUGCUAUUGAGUUAGCUGAAAAGGGUUUCCCCGUCGCUGAGCUUGCCAGCCGUUCUUGGAGAUCUGCUUCAGUCAAGUUGAAGAAUCAGAAUCCAGAUGUAGACGUAGCCGACAAUGCAUUUUUGUUUGACGGAGAACCACCUCAAGAAGGAGACUUUGUCACUAAUAAACGUGUAGCUGAGACGUUGAAAAUAGUGGCUAAGGAAGGUAAGAAGGGAUUCUACCACGGUCCAGUUGCUGAAGCUAUCAUCCGCACUACUGGUGCCAGAAAUGGCAAACUUACUUUGGAUGAUCUUUCGUCUCAUACCUCAACCUUUGUAGAUCCAAUCAAGCUCAAUUUCCAGGGCUCUAAUGUAUGGGAAAUUCCUCCUAAUGGCCAUGGAUUGGUGGCCCUUUUGGCGCUUGGAAUCAUUCAGGAGCUUCACAACUCGGGGAAAAUCGAUAUCUACAAGUUGAAGCAUAAUUCCGCCGAAUACUUGCAUCUCUUGGUGGAAGUUUGUAAGAUCGCCUUCUAUGAUUCGGAUGAAUACGUCACGGAUCCUCAAUUCAAGGAUCUUCCCAUAGAAUCACUCUUGAGCCCUGAAUACUUGAAGAAAAGAGCCAAACUCUUUGACCCUUCCAAGAUCAUCGAUGGUGAAACGAUGUCUCACGGAGUUCCUGAUCCAAAGUACAAAUCUGAUACUGUCUACCUCACAGUUACGGACUCCAAUGGAGAAGCCUGUUCCUUUAUCAACUCUGUCUACCAGGGUUUUGGUUCUGGUAUUCUUGUGGAGGACUAUGGUUUCUGUCUCCACAACCGUGGGGCAAACUUCAACUUGAGUCCUGGAAAGAGCAACUGUCUUGAAGGUGGUAAGCGUCCAUACCAUACAAUUAUCCCUGGAAUGAUCACCAAUGAAGACAACUCGUUGUAUGCGUCAUUUGGAAAUAUGGGAGGCUUUGCCCAACCCGUUUGUCAUGUCCAGCAUGUUCUCAAUCUCACUGUGUUCAACUUCUCUCCACAGCAGCUGAUUGACUCGCCACGUUUCAUUCUUGAUUCAGAUGAAAACAAUGACGCAGACCGUGGUCGUGGUGCUGAUGGCCCUGUUAGAACUCCAGUCACAGUGGUAGCUCUUGAGGAAGGUAUUGACCAGAAAGUAGUCGAUCAAUUGCAAGAACUCGGACAUGAAACCAAAGUUUACACUGGUUAUUCAAGAGGUACCUUUGGUAGAGCACAAAUCAUCAAGAAGGAUGUCAAAAAGGGUAAUAUUGUCUAUUCAGCAGGUUCUGACUUGAGAGGUGAUGGAGCAGCAGUGGCCUACUUGUGA